AUGUUAGCAUGCUCAUGCGUGACGGAUUGUAAUGCACUCUACCAUCGCUGUUACAUACGCCUACGGCAUCUGGCGCGCCAAUCUAAGCGAGAGGAUCUUGCUGAACCGGUGGGUCGUCUGCUCACCAACAUCACUGCUAACCGGCUUAUCUUUCAAUAUGCUUUGGAUCAAUGCUACGCCGCCGAAAUGGACGAGUAUAUUGGAGAACUGGGACUGUGUUUACAGCGUUACAAGGCGGCUAUUACUAUGCUGCAUGGUCUUCGUCAGCACGCUAAGUCACCGGCCGACAAGACAUUGCUCGCUGACUGUAUGCGCUGCAUGCGCGAACGCUACGCCUCUCUUUGUGCCUCGGUAAUGAAUGCUGCAGCUCAUGCCGGUGUCGCUGAGUCUUCUCGACCAGUCACGAAUAACCCAAACGGACGGAUUCAGCCUCAGCGUCCGGCAUUUAUUAGC